CACUCGGGCUGCAUCGCCGCGGUGCACAACGUGCCACUGAGUGUGCUCAUCCGGCCGCUGCCGUCUGUGCUGGACCCGGCCAAGGUACAGAGCCUGGUGGACACGAUCCGGGAGAACCCAGACAGCGUGCCCCCCAUUGAUGUCCUCUGGAUCAAAGGAGCCCAGGGUGGUGACUACUUCUACUCCUUCGGGGGCUGCCACCGUUACGCAGCUUACCAGCAGCUACAGCGAGAGACUAUCCCUGCCAAGCUUGUCCAGUCCACCAUCUCAGACCUAAGGGUGUACCUGGGCUCUUCCACGCCGGACUUGCAAUAGCAGGCUCUUUGGCACCUGCCACCAUUCCUAAAAGCCCAGAAGAAGAUAUACCUGGUUUCCAGUGGGCUGGGCUGUGCAGAAGGUGUAGCAGGGGAGCAUUCUCUUUGCACCUGGAGGGAGGAGGAUCUGACUCUAAGCACCCUCUUUGCUAGCUACAAGACCUUGGACUCACUACUGAAUGGCAGGGGACCCAGCUCCCACUGCUGUGAAAAUGGGUCAUGUCUUUGCUUUUGAGGGAUUAUUAAGAGGAUGAAAUGAGAACAGAGAUGGGUUUGGAGAACCACAUGUGACUGGCUCCAGAUUCCCAAGGACAAGGAUCCUUCUGCAUUUUUGUCUUUGUAUAUCCUAUUAUGUGGAAUACAGUUAGCUGUCAGUAAAGGAAAACUGAGGUUAACAUAGAAAGGUUUGUUUUUCCACAUAGCUUCCAUUUUGGAGACAGAUGACUAACGGUAUUGCUUUAACAACUCAGCAAAGGUAGACCACACAUCUCGGUGGUCCUUUCAGUCUUUCCCUCAUUGCUUGUGACUUCAUGGUCACAAGAUGGCUAUAUUCAAGGAGGAAAGUAGUGGGGGAGAAAGGAGGGCUGAGCCUGCUGGACCUGUCAACUUCUAUCAUAAAGUCAGACCUUUCUCAGAGGCCUUUGUCCUGCUCUCUGCCCUGCAUAGUUCCACUUAGGUCUCCUGGGCCCAAACCAGCUACCAUUGUUACCCCAAGAUGGGGUAAGCUAAGACAGCAGGAAACAGAAUUGUCACAAUUGAGUAGACCAAUCAUAUCCCAUCUCCUGCGACUGGCACACUGCCUCUUGAAGUAAAAUCAGAAUCCCACUACAAAGAGAGAAAUGAGUAAUUGUAUCAGCUAGUUUUUGCUGUGUAACAUACCGUCCCCAAACUUAGUAGUUAAAGACAAGUCGUUUAUUUACCCACAAUUCUGAGGGUUGGCAGCUUGGACUGGGUGUAGUCUGGACAAUUCCGAUGUCGCCUAGGGUCAGUCCCAGGACUGUUUGCAAUCAGCUGUCAUCUCAGAUGGAUCUAGGAUAGUCUAACUCACUUGUCUGUCAGUUGGCGGGCUGUUGCCUGGGUGACUAGUUCUCUUCCGUGUGGCCUCUCCAGCAGGCUAGCUCAGGCUUAAUCACCUGAUGGCCUCAGGAUUCCAAGAGAAUGAGAAUAGAAGCUGUGAGGCUUCUUCAGUUCUCUGUCCAGAAUUGGUAUAACAUCACUUCUGCUAAGUUCUUUGGGUCAGAACAAAUCAUAAGGCUAGCCCAGAUUCAAGGCGUGGGGAAACAGUCUAUUCCUCUUAGAGAAACUGAAAAUAAUUUGUGGCAUUUUUCAUCUCUCACCAAUUAUUUGCAUAGGCAAAUAGCAGUGUUUCUCUCUCACUCUCUUGCACAGGGCAUCUCUCUGCCCUGGCUGAAGUCACUAAGACAUUGUCCUGGGCCUCACAUCUCAGGGAAGAGGUGAUAGGGCAGGGUGGAUUUCUCCCAGGUCUGGGCUCCCGCUACGAGGGACAUUUCAUUAUGUGCGCUGGUGGGAUGGGGUAGGUCAGGUGGGACAUUCCACAGGGGCUCUGAAAGCCAAGAGUCCUGGGGGGAUGGGAAGACAUAGAGGAAGGGUGUAGAGUGAGGCAGGCCUUGCUCUCCCUGCCUGCCUUAGGGAGCUGGUUUGGGCCAACGGAUCUUGGUCACUUGGCAUUUUCAAGUCCCAGUUUCCCAAGCCCAGUAAUGAAGACAAUCGCUUUCCCACCCAUUCCCUGUCCCAGGAAAGAUGACGAAGGUGAGCAAUAGAAUUUAAAAAGAAUGUAGUCAUAAGUGCAGUGUGAUAGCCUGGAUUGAAUCUUGAAACAAAAAAAGGACAUUAGUGGGAACCCUGGAACUCUAAACAAGGCCUGGAUUUUAGUUAAUAACAACACACCAAUGUCAUCUCUUCGCUGUAACAACUUAGUACCAUGUAAGAUGUUGACGUUGGGGUUGGCUGGGAACACUCUGUACUAACUUGGCAGCUUUUCUGUAAAUCGAAAAUCUUUCUGAAAUAAAAGUUUAUUUAA